ACCUAAAAGACCUAAAAGACCUAAAAGACCUAAAUGCCAACAUUGAACAUUGAAACUAUCCAUAAUCCAUACAUAUUCAUAUCCAUACCUAUCCGAUACUUCCUACGUACCCUUACAUCCGAAAGGUUACCUAGCUCAGCAUUAAUCCUUUUUACCUAGUGCUAUCGAUAAUUUUCUUAUUAUUCUAUUAUUCCUUCUACUUUAACAAAUCUAACCUACACACUUCUUCCUGUGUGGUUUCUUCUUCUACUUUUGUGUCAUGACGGGGAACGAUCGCCCCGAAUCGAGACGGCGUUGACGUAGAGACAGAACUUGCCUCAGCCCACUCCUCCAAAAGUAUCUGUCUACCUAUCUGUCUACCUAUCUGUCUACCUACCUGUCUACCUAUCAACCUACUAGGUAUUUCACCGAACCUAGGUGGCAGUUCGAACUACAGCUGUGGUCGCAUUGCAAAUACUACCAUUCCUAGAAUUGCCAUCAUCCAUUAUAUAAGUCUUCAGUUAGGAAUAGCUCGGCGCAUCUUAACAGCCAUGUCGAAUCCAGCCCUCAAUUUUAUCACCUUUAACCAGGAUCACAGCUGUUUAGCUGUUGGAACCUCCAAAGGAUUUCGGAUAUACCAUACCGACCCAUUCUCCAAAAUCUUCAGUAGUGAUGAUGGGAACAUUGCUAUCAUCGAGAUGCUCUUCUCGACCUCCCUAGUUGCUCUUGUCCUCUCCCCGCGUCAUCUCAUAAUACAGAACACAAAACGUGCGUCUGUUAUUUGCGAACUCACUUUUCCAUCCGCCGUCCUGGCUGUCCGCUUAAACCGCAAGCGGUUAGCUGUCGUACUCGAGGAUGAGAUCUAUCUCUAUGACAUCGCCAAUAUGACGCUGCUUACCAACAUUGCGACCUCUCCGAACCCGAGCGCUGUUUGCGCGCUAUCUCCUUCAUCCGAGCACUGCUACCUUGCUUACCCUCUACCGAAACCGCGUGAUGACACACAAGACAAACGACCGUCGCAUGCGCCCCCGACCUCUCUCUACGCCCCCGUAACAUCGGGAGAUGUCCUCAUCUAUGAUUCUUUGACCCUCAAAGCCGUUAAUGUCGUUGAGGCUCAUCGUUCCCCCUUGUCGUGUAUUGCGCUCAACAACGAAGGCAAUCUAUUAGCGACAGCAAGUGAAACGGGUACAAUCAUCCGAGUAUUUUCGGUGCCUCGUGGCCAAAAGCUCUUUCAAUUCCGGCGAGGCACAUAUCCUAGCACGAUAUACAGCAUGUCCUUCAACAUGGCUAGCUCGCUACUUUGUGUCUCCUCCACUUCUGAGACUGUGCAUAUCUUUCGUCUCCAACAACCAGGACCUAACACGAAUAAUGCUGCUUCAGAUGCGCAGUCAUCUACCUCUCCCCGAACUGACCGAUGGUCUCGCAGCCGGAGUUACGACAGUGGUAACGACUCGACCAGCAGCGCCCAGGGCUCCCCACGCAGCGAAGUGGCUGAACUUACGCCGGCAGCGGCAAACAACCCCGCCACGCAUAGGAGGCAAAGCGGGUCGUUUAGUAGCAUUCUUCGCCGUUCCUCUCAGAUUAUGGGUCGUAGCGUGGCUGGAGUCGUGGGAAACUACCUACCGCAAACUGUGACGGAGAUGUGGGAACCCCUUCGCGAUUUUGCGUACAUCAAAAUACCGAAGACCUCGUCUGUAUCGCCACGCACUGGCGGAAACGCAAGUGGCCAGCAACUACGCAGUGUGGUGGCAAUGAGCAGCACCAGCCCACAGGUCAUGGUCGUGACUAGUGAUGGCGGGUUUUACGUAUUCAACAUCGACAUGGAACAAGGUGGAGAGGGAUACUUAGUGAAGCAGUUCUCAGUCCUAGACAGCGACGACAAGCUUGACACAUCGAACUACGGACCAUAGGAGGACGUCGGUCCCGGUCCCGCCAGGCUUUCCAAAGAACUUCUUUCCGAGGCCCAAAUGGUGGAAAACGAAGAGCUUGAGAAACAGGGGUGGACGGUCGUUGAUCAUCGGUGAAAAACCACAAUCAAUGUUGUUUCAGGGCAAGGGGGAUGGGGUUAAGGGGGUUUAGGGGAGGCAG